UUUUUUGCGUUUAUUUGUGUAUGUGCAUGUUUAUAUUUCUGUCUUUAGUGUUUAUUACUUUGUUACUUACUCCUUUUUUCGCCUAAUGAUGAUUAAUCAUGGUCUUACUACAGUAACCAUAAUUUAACUGAGAUGUUGAGCAUGAAAGCGCAGGUGGAGGUGCUCUGCUGUAAAUCAGUAGGAACUGAUCUGUCCAUGCUGGAUAUUGAGGAUUUCAUCACAGAAAUCUGUCAGCUGAAGAAAGAGGUGGCUUCACUGGAGACAAAGCUGAGAGAAAGAGGAGACAGACUGAACAGAGAGGAUGUGGAGCAGGUUUCAGUGCGUGUGACUGAUGGGACAGAAGCUCAGGAUUCAGUCUGGAGCGUCAGAGAUCAGAGAUCCAGAGACACACAGGACUCAGAGCUCAGCCUCACUUUACUCUGUUAUACUGACGCUCAGGAUCAUGAAUCCACUGAUCAAACCUCUGACUGUAACGCUGGAGAACAGCAGAUGCUGCAGACGCCGCUGAAGAUGUGCUCCGUCAAACUGGUGGACUGCAGGAACCUGAUCGAGAGCAGAGGAGAAGAAACCACCGCAGAGAAAGAACAACAACACACUGAUGAGGAAGAGCAGGAGGAUGAUGAGAAUAAUGAUGAUGAUGAAGAUGAAGAUUUCAUUCCUCCAGGUUUGUUUCUUCUUUUUCUGAGAUAUUUGGGAAAAUAAUGGCAAAUGACAGUA